CCACCUGUUAUCAACAAAAUAUUUUUUAAAGUUAGUUUCUGUUCAGCGUUGGUUUUACUAUGACUCCCAAAUAACAAAAAACAACACAAGUACAUUUCGGUUUCUAAAUAGUUUUUAAUUUUGUUUUUGUGUUGUCAUUUUAUUUACUUUUCCAUUGUAGUUAAUUCAGUGUCAUUGUCAUUGUCCGCUAUACAAUGUUUAGCGACCGGUUCCAGGGAAAAUUAAUGACAGUGUUUUAUAGUGUUGGCAGUAAGCCUUUGGCAAUUUGGAAAAUAGAAUCGAAAGAAGGCGAUAUCAGAACCGUCCAAGACGAACAUCUCAAAUCAAACGUUCUACAAAUAUUGUCUAACAAUGUUACUACAUGUUCCAUAAGCACACCACCUGAUUCUGCCGCUUCCCUAGGUAUUCGUUUACCAUUUAUAGUGUUGCUCAUGAAAAACCUCAACAGAUACUUUACGUUUGAAAUAACGGUUUUGGAUAACGUUAACGUCCGCCGCCGUUUCCGAGUCAGCAAUUACCAGUCUGCCACCAGAGUGAGCAUGUACAUGUGCACUAUGCCUCUGUGUCUGAACAACGAUUGGAACCAAAUACAGUUCAACUUGGCCAACUUCACUGAGCGCACGUUUAACACCACGUACGUGGAGACCGUCCGGAUUCAGGUGCACGCCAACUGUAGGGUGCGAAGGAUAUACUUUUGCAAUCAGCUGUAUCCGGAUGAACAACUGCCGUUCGAUUACAGGAUGUUCAGUACUAAACCCCUCCGAGAAAAACCAAAAAGCAUGUUAGUGAAAAAAGUUAAAAAAGUCAAAGCCUAAACCUGUUUUAAACAUUCACUUUUG